GUCAGCGUCCUCUCAGAGUCACUCACUCCCGCCGUGCACACACACGCGUGCAAGGACCCGUUCACUCCAACCUGCGCCUAUUUGGAAACGACGACAGGAGGAGGCUUCGCAUCCGAGUGAUUUUUUGCACUUUUGGGUGUCUCCCCCCCACCCCGGACCCCUCAUCUCCACGCACCCCCUUCACUGGGGGAGCUGUGAUUUAAUUUUUUGGUGUUAUUAUUCUUUUUUUUCCCGCCGUGGACUGAGGAGUUUGGUUGUGCUUGGCAUGGGGAGAAGUGCGCAGAGACGCUGUGGAGCUGAACUCGGGUCGUGGACGUGCGCCACGCCGGGCGUCCUCCUCGUCUCGCGGCUGCUGCUGGUGCUGCUGGGCUGCUUCGUCCACGCAGGACUCUGCCAGGUGCGAGACGACGACGACUUCCUCAGCCUGAGCGAGCUUCCCGAAACCUUUCCGUCCGACCCUCCGGAGCCCUUGCCGCACUUCUUGUUUGAGCCUGAGGAAGGCUACAUCGUCAAGAACAAGCCCGUCAACCUGUACUGCAAGGCCACACCCGCCACUCAGAUUUACUUCAAGUGCAACAGCGAGUGGGUCCACCAGAAGGACCACACUGUGGAGGAACGGGUAGACGAGAACUCGGGUCUGGUGGUGAGAGAAGCCAGCAUAGAAAUAACAAGGCAGCAGGUGGAGGAGCUGUUUGGACCAGAAGAUUACUGGUGUCAGUGUGUGGCAUGGAGCUCCGCUGGGACCACCAAGAGUCGCAAGGCGCACGUACGCAUCGCGUACCUGAAGAAGUCCUUUGAACAGGAGCCCCUGGGCAAGGAAGUGUCUCUGGAACAGGAAGUUCUGUUGCAGUGCCGCCCACCAGAGGGCAUACCAGCAGCGGAGGUGGAGUGGCUGAAGAACGAAGAAAUUAUUGACCCGGCGGAGGACAGAAACUUCUACAUCACCAUCGACCACAACCUGAUCAUCAAGCAAGCGCGUCUGUCGGACACAGCCAACUACACGUGCGUGGCCAAGAACAUCGUGGCCAAAAGACGCAGCACCACAGCGACUGUCAUUGUUUAUGUCAAUGGUGGAUGGUCGACAUGGACAGAGUGGUCCGUGUGCAACAGCCGUUGUGGGAGGGGCUUCCAGAAACGAACGCGCAGCUGCACCAACCCCGCCCCGUUAAACGGUGGACUCCCAUGUGACGGACAGGCCAUACAGAAGCUGCCAUGUACCACCUUGUGCACGGUGGACGGCAUGUGGACCGAGUGGUCCAAAUGGUCGGCUUGCGGGACGGAAUGCACCCAGUGGAGGAGGAGGGAGUGCAACAACCCCGCCCCCAAAAAUGGAGGGAAGGACUGCGAGGGGCUCGUGCUUCAGUCUCAGAACUGCACCGACGGACUCUGUAUGCAAAGUUCAUUGUUUCAGACGUCCGUUGAGCCCAAAGACAGACAGAGUGAUUUGGGAUUCACAUCUGCUCCGAGCACAGACGAUGUGGCUCUCUACGUGGGCGUGGUCAUCGCCGUCAUCAUGUGCCUGGUCAUCUCCGUCAUUGUGGCGCUUUUUGUGUACCGCAAGACGCACCGCGACUUCGACUCGGACAUCAUCGACACGUCUGCGCUGAACGGAGGCUUCCAGUCGGUCAACAUCAAGACGGCUAGAUCAGCCGACCUGCUGACAGCCCCUCCUGAUUUGACAAAUGCCGCCGCCAUGUAUCGUGGUCCCAUGUAUGCCCUCCAUGACGUAUCAGAUAAAAUCCCAAUGACCAACUCUCCACUCUUAGAGCCCCUCCCCAACCUGAAGAUCAAAGUGUACAACUCCUCCGGUCUGGUCACGCCGCAGGACGACCUCGGAGGAGACUUCACGUCCAAACUGUCCCCUAAGGUAACGCAGUCUCUGCUGGAGAACAGCGACACCAUGAACCUUCGCAACCAGAGCUUGGCCCGGACUCGAGACCCUUCCUGUACCGCUCACGGGUCCUUCAGCAACCAGGGAGGACACCUCAUCGUUCCCAACUCUGGAGUGAGCCUGCUGGUUCCGGCGGGUGCGGUCCCACAGGGGAGGCUGUAUGAGAUGUAUGUGACGGUGCACAGGAAGGACAGCUCCAGACCCCCCGUAGAGGACGUCCAGACUGUGCUGAGUCCGGUGGUGAGCUGUGGACCUCCAGGAGCUCUGCUGACCAGACCAGUGAUCCUCACCAUCCACCACUGUGCUGACAACGUGCAGGAGGACUGGCUCAUACAGCUGAGGAAUCAACUGGCCAUGGGCGAGUGGGAGGAUGUGGUGGUGGUAGGAGAGGAGAACUUCACCACCCCUUGCUACGUACAGAUGGACUCGGAGGCCUGUCACAUCCUCACUGAGACCCUGGGCACGUACUGCCUGGUGGGUCAGUCCAUGGGCAAAGCGGCCGCCAAGAGGCUCAAACUGGCCGUCUUUGGACCCGUGUCCUGCACCACGCUGGAUUACCACAUCAGGGUCUACUGUCUGGACGACACGCAGGACGCACUCAAGGAGGUUCUUCAGAUGGAGACCCAGAUGGGAGGCAAGCUCCUGGAUGAGCCAAAGACUCUCAACUUUAAAGACAGCACUCACAACCUGAGACUGUCCAUCCACGACGUGCCGCACCCGCACUGGAAGAGCAAACUCAUCGCCAAGUAUCAGGAGAUCCCCUUCUACCAGGUGUGGAGCGGCAGCCAGAGAAGCCUUCACUGCACCUUCACGCUGGAGAGGAUGAGCUCGGCCAUCACGGAGGUCAGCUGUAAGCUGUGUGUGAGGCAGGUGGAGGGCGAGGGGCAGAUCUUUCAGCUCAGCAACACCCUGGAGGAGGAGCUCCAGUGCAUAGACACGUCCCUCAUGGACCCAGCCAGUAACAUCACCACUUUAGUGGGACCCAACGCCUUCCGCAUCCCCUUGUCCAUCAGACAGAAACUGUGUGGCAGUCUGGACGCGCCGCAGACGCGAGGGAACGACUGGAGGAUGUUGGCCCACAAGCUCAACCUUGACAGGUACCUGAACUACUUCGCCACCAAGUCCAGUCCAACAGGGGUCAUCCUGGACCUCUGGGAGGCCCAGCACUUCCCGGACGGAGACCUCAACGAGCUGGCCGCCGUGCUGGAGGAGAUGGGCCGCCAUGACAGCAACCUGUGCUCCAUGACCACGGAACACUGACCGGGAACAACGACGACGACGACAUACAGCGGUAGAAACGUUCACAGUGCUGGCGGUCGGAUGCUAGCGGAACCACCAAAACAGGACGCUGGCUGGAUGUGGAUCUUCGCGGAUGCGUCUUCUUGUGAAUUUUAGCCGCCAAUGGAGCAGAUCAGGAAGUAAACACAACACGCCAAAAAGACUACUUGUUACUUCAAAGUUAGAAAUAGUCAUCACAGGUUGAAGAAGCGUGAAAAAGCAGGUCAGAAAAGCGUGAAAGACGAGGAGUGCUGUUAGCAAAGUCACGGAACGUAGCUAAAAGGAAGGUUAGGACACGAGACUGACGAGGGUCACGAAGUCUUUGGGAAUGUUCAAAAGCCUUUUGUUUGGCAUCUUUCCGUCCUUUCCGAGGGAAUGCCGAUGAUCUUAUUUGGUAAAAGCAACCGUCAAUCAAUGGCCUCUCCUGAAACAAGCCCCUCCCACAAAAAACCUUAACACCCUACUUGUAAGACGUCGUCAGUGAUGGCUGUAGGGUUUUUUAUUUUUUAUUUUGUUACAUGAAGUAUUUUUCCCAGAGGGAAUGGAAGGGAAUUCAUAAAAGCCAUGGCAGGGAUAUCAACGUUUCCAGCAGCCAGUCUUUUUCUGGAUCAAGCGUCAGCUUGGAAAAACAGAAAAGAAAAAAAGAAAAGAAAAAUGUUGCGCAAGAAACGAUCUAAAAUGAGGCAGUGAAUGCAUCACGUCAUGAUUUCACUCAUUCACUUCAAUUUGUUUGCAUUAUGCAGUUGAAGUGUGGCAUCCCCGUCGUCACUUGGAUGAUCACUAGCGCCCUCCAGUGGCCUUUGACCAAUAUGUUUUUUAUUGUGUAAAUACAUGAUUAGCAUCUAUGAAAUAUUAUAUUUUUGCUCAGUGAUUAUUGUUGUUUGUUUCAUUAUCAUCAUUACUGUCUUAUUUUCUUUUAUGUUUUAUUGUUUUAAAAGUUGGAAUUUGAUUUUUUUUUAUUAUUACAUUUUUUUUAUUCUAAUAAAAAAAAUGUAAGGUUCCAGUUUUUUUAUUUGAUGGUUUAAGUUAAUUAUACAAAUCAAUGAAACUAUUGCUCCAAAUCACAUUUUUAAAAUCCAAUAUUUCAAGUGUUAGAAGGAAACUGUUCCAACUUUUUAAAUUACACUUUUUUAAAUUGUUUUAAAUUACAUUUCGACAUUUUAACCAUGAAAUAAAUCCAACUCUUAAUUUUAUUAAUGCAAUAUAUAUAUGUGUGUGUGUAUGUGUGUGUGUGUGCGUGUACACACACACACAGGAUUUUAUACAGUUGAUAUAUUGCAUAAUGUUAUAAUUUUAUAUAUAUAUGGGGGUGGGGCUCAAAACAUGGGUAAGAAUGGGAUUAAUUGUGAAGAAAACCUCUCGUGCACCGUACACUUGCACGUGUAUCGAAAGUGAAAUUGCAAUGAAUGAAAUGUAGCAGGCGGAAGGUUGUUAGGUUGUGUUUACGGCUCCAACGUGUCUUUUUAUGAGGACGCACGGGGAACGUUGUGAAUGUUUUCUGGUGGAAGUGCUAAUGAUUAAAAAGGGGGUUACAGGGUGCCAUAUAAAGAUGCAAACUUGAACCCAAAAGGCGACGACGCAGCACAGCUUAUUCGUAUAGAAGUUUUCCUCCUCCUCAUCAUCAUCAUCCUCACCUAAAUGCUGCCAGUCGACAGUUUACCUGCGAGCAGAACUCCGAUUUAAAUUGGAUGAAAUGAGCUUUUGAGUGUUGUUAUUGUAUCCAAACGUGUGAGAACAAGUAUUUUCUAUUUCACAACGAUGUUGUGUGCUGUCGCCUAACACUUUUAAAGACUUCAAAAAGUUACAAAAAAAAGGAACAGAAGAGUUAGAAUCUAGUUUGUAUGUUUUAUUUUUUUGUCUACUAUGCAAACUUGGCAUUGGUUCUCAUGAUAGACGUCUAACUAACUAUAGCCGUGCUUGUAAGUGCAUUUUUAGUUUGGAUUUGGAAAGAUUUUCCAAUCAGGGGUGUUUUUGAUUUCCCACGUACAAGCUUGUGAUGAAUUGUUCAUUCUGGCACGCUUUCAUGAAAUCUUUGCUCAAUCUUACUGAAUGCUCUCCUCCCUCCCUGAGUGUUUUCUGUACAAAGUGUAAGAAAGAAUUUUUAAGACGAUUAAUAAAUUAUAUUUAUAAGCAAUGCUGAACAUGAUGACUUCCUGU